GCACCCCCAAUUUCCUCAGCAACAUGGCAGUACAGAAAGCAUAAAAGGUGCUGGCCCUAUCUGAAGAACAAAGUCCCUGGAGGGCAGUAUUUGAGUGGUGUAAGGACUUAAAGAGCAGAGUUUCCUGUCUCAGACUGUCAAGGCCACACAGAAUGCACUUGCCUGUAAGAUAAGGCAUCACAAUGGAAACCUGAGAACUAGCUGCAUUCUAACGUGUGGACUGCGAAUCCUGUGCCCUCCUGACCUCUUCACUGGUGCUUUUAUUGCAAUUUAGAAGUGUAGUGAGGGAGUGCUGAAAAUUAGUCCUGCAAGAGUACUGUAAUUGAAAGAGCAUCUUCUACAUUUGAAGAAGGACAAGUUGUUGAUUGAAUGGUGGAUUAAUAAGUGGUUGUCUCAUCCUAAGACUAAAAAGAAAAUAUCCUGGAAGUUGGAAAGAACUGGAUUUUCACCCUAGUCAAGCAGCUUUGCUGCUCACUUAAACACAGAUGAAUGAAGACCCCAUUUGGAAAAUCACCAGGUCAGCGGUCCAGAGCUGAUGCAGAGUGCCUUUUCUUCCUUUCAGGACUGCACAUAUUCAUGUGGAGUUCUUUCUCUGUGACAAACUGAACAAACUGAACAGGAGUGAUGUACAUCCAUGAUUGUGUUCCUGGAAUCCGGUUACAGAGUCCUUGAGAGGUGGACAGAAAGCAAAUUUUUGUGCUGCACUAUUCUGUUGUUUGCUGUGUUUUUACUUGAGGUCAUGCAGGAGUGUCUGCCAGCAUGAUGAAGAAAAGAACAUCCCACAAAAAACAUAGAAACAAUGUGGGACCAAGCAAACCUAUUUCUCAGCCACGAAGAAAUAUUGUAGGCUGCAGGAUACAGCACGGAUGGAAAGAAGGAAGUGGACCUGUAACACAAUGGAAGGGCACAGUUCUUGAUCAAGUUCCUGUAAAUCCCUCGCUCUAUCUCAUAAAGUAUGAUGGAUUUGAUUGUGUGUACGGACUAGAACUUCACAAAGAUGAAAGAGUUUCAGCACUUGAAGUUCUUCCAGACAGAGUUGCUUCGUCUCGAAUUAGUGAUGCCCACCUGGCAGACACAAUGAUUGGUAAAGCUGUGGAACAUAUGUUUGAGACAGAGGAUGGCUCAAAAGAUGAAUGGAGGGGGAUGGUUUUGGCUCGAGCUCCUAUUAUGAACACGUGGUUUUAUAUUACGUAUGAGAAAGAUCCCGUCUUGUACAUGUACCAGCUCUUAGAUGAUUAUAAAGAAGGUGACCUUCGCAUUAUGCCAGAUUCAAAUGAUUCGCCUCCUGCAGAACGGGAACCAGGUGAAGUUGUGGACAGCCUGGUAGGCAAACAAGUGGAAUAUGCCAAAGAAGAUGGCUCGAAAAGGACUGGCAUGGUCAUUCAUCAAGUUGAAGCCAAACCAUCUGUCUAUUUCAUCAAGUUUGAUGAUGAUUUCCAUAUUUAUGUCUACGAUUUGGUGAAGACAUCCUAGACGUCGUCAUGAACUUUUGCCAAAUUUGUGGAACUAUUAAAUGUAAAAUUUGUAGACACAAAGACUUGACUGCUUUCCAGUUUAAUGAAAGCUUAAAUGUCCCUGCGAACCCACAAUCUCUGCCAGCAAAACUGUUUUGUUCUGAGUAAUACAAACAUGACACAUUUUGUGUAAGAGAACUCCUUUUCUUGAAGGAAGUCAGUAUGUUUGGGCAGGAGGGAGUUAAAAGCAAAGAACAGCUGCAAAUUCAAGCUGUGUAAAGUUGAUCUAGUAUUGUAAUCAUUAAUCUAAAUUUUUUCAUAGAUUUUGACUAUUUCUUCAAUCUUGCACUCACUUGUUCAACUGCCACAUGCAAGUGUAGUUUGAUAUUUUGAUAUGCCUUCUUUUGUAACAUUAAAUUUAAUUUCUUGGAUACUGGCAGUCCUUGUUUUCAGGGUUGGGACAGAGGUGACUUUUCUGAAAGGUUUAAACAGUUUGUGCAGUAUCAAGGAGUGCCUAACCCAAGUAACAUCAAUCUGCUGUGUUUCUACACUUUAUUUCAAAUUUAGCUUUUUAAGAACUUGCAGUGCUUGGAAAUGCUUGUGCAUUUUUUACUAGUCACAGGGCAGUAAGAUAUCAAGUGUUUGGAUUACUCACCUAUCAGUGAAAAGGCUUUACACUAUAAAAUUACAUUUAAUCUGUAUAACCACUUAAUUAGAAUAUGCAGGUUAAUGGCCCAUAUUUACAAGUUGUAGGAACCAGUAAAAUACAUGCAACAAGGCUGCCUUCAAUCCUAAAUGUUGUACUUCUUUCUUUGUUUGUUAUACACACUUCUUAGCAAAACCCAAGUGCUUGGUGCCACAACUCUUUAACAGUAUAUAUGCUACUUCAGAAGACUUUAGACUACGCAUUGGCAUCAGUAGUCUCUCAUUUAAAAUCAAAACCUAGCAACCUGAAUGUUUGUGUGUGGACUUAGAAGCCUAACAGUAGUUAAUAUUUUACAUGGUAAAUACAGUCUCACACCAGGGGAGUGGGAGGGGGUGUCCUUUUACAGUGAAGAUAUAACUUUAGAGAAGGAGAAGCAUUUGUUGCCUUCUGCUCAGUCUGUUGCAUUCCUUUGUUUUGGUUUGCUUUUAAUAAUUUUGGUUCAAGAAGGCAUCUUCCCAGUUUAUUCUUUUUCUGACUUUUCCACUUAAGGAGUGUCUGGACAAAUCUACAGUUUAAACCUGUUGUUGCCUUUUGUGGUGUACAUUGUACUUGCUUUGAGGUAUGCUGUUAACAUGAAUUUCAUUCUAUGAACACUAGAGUUCUGCAUGCCAGUGGUGUACUAUCUAAUGGAAGCUAUAAGGCAGUCUCAGUGGUUCAGUCAUCUGCAUUAGAUUGUGGAUGUAAAUAGCAGCCCACAACUGCAAAAUCUUUUCAUGGUUAUAAUCUUGCAAGAUAGUUGUAAAUGAAAAUUAGGGUUUCCUUAAGUGUGGCAGCUUUUAAAAUAUGGAAUUGGAACAACAAUGCAGCACAGCAACAAGGUUGUCAUGUUACAAUAAGGCAGAGCUCUGCAAGUUUCAAAGAACUGCUUCACAGAAGUACAGAAUGUGAAGACAGUUAACACUGUUGAUGGAAGGAACAAAUACCCUGAUAUCCAACUGUGUGCCAUUUGUUGAAGAAUGCAGGAGCUGUUAAUCAGAGGACAGAGGUGCAGAUGACCUCUGUUGUGGGUAUUCUUGAUAUUGAAGACUCAGUGGUUUAAGCCCCUUUCUGUCCAUUUUUUUGCCUGAUUUCAUAUUUUAGCCUUAAGGCUUGUGCCUCAUUAUUAUGCUGUUGAAUGGUAAUAAAUACUCUCCGUAUAAAUAUGAUACCUUAAUUCUUUGUCCAUUGCUACUAUAUUGCAUUAUGUCCAGUAUUUCAUCAUGGGCAACCAAAGGCAGGCUAUUGUCUUUCAGUGAAUAGCUUCUCCAUGCAGUCCUUAUGCAGUAAGUACCUGAGUCGUAAAUGUUUCUUGUGUUUGAACAAAGUGAGCAGAUUUGCAACACAGUGUUUUCAUCCUGCAGAUCUGUUGUGUUUUCUAUUGACUCUUAAGAGUCCUGCAUGUAAAUCUCAAAGCUGAGCCUGGCUCCAUGAGCCCAAGUCAAUAUUUGUGGCACAGGAAUGAGUGAGUGUAUUAAUUACACAUAAGAUACAUGGAUUACCUAGUACACUGAGCUUGGGGCUAUAUAUCUGAGGAAUAAGAGGUUUGUUUUGAAACAUCUGAGGUUUAGGUCUACUGGAACACUUUUAGCAUUAGGCUUGCAUUUGUGGGUUUUCUGCAAGCCUAUUGAAUACAAUACACUAUGUAUUCUGACAAUUAGAGUAUCAUCUACAAACUGUAAAUUUCACUCUUGUUUUUGGAUGUCCCCGUUUGUGUAUUGCGUGGAUAUUUUCACUUGGGGGUUUUUUGGGGAUUUUUGUUUUGUUUUUUGUUUUGUUUUGUUUUGGUUUUUUGGGUUUGGUUUUUUUGAUAGCUUAAACCACAGUUUUGAGGCUUGAGACUAAUUCCACUCCCUGCCCAUCUGCUUUGGGCUUUGUUUUAGGCUCAUGUUUCAGAUCUGCAUGCAGUGCUUGCGUUACCCUGGUAACUAAAUGUUGGUUCCUUGUUAUAGGGGUUCAACAUUACUUUCCAAAAUCACAUAGGGCUUGUGAUGGCACAAGCCAUGGAUCUUUGUAUAAAAGUUAUUCACCUUUCACAUUUACCUGCUGUAGUAUUGUUGUAUAUUGUGUGUGUGCGUGUGUGUGAUGUCAGGCUGCCAUGUAAAACUUAAAAGGGAAAAAAAAAAACAAACUUAAAUGCAGACCAUCCUUUUUUGCAUGCUUAGAGGGUUAGAACAUUCAGUGUAACAAAUUAAAGUUGCAUGUUAAAAUGUUUAGGUUUUUGUUUUGUUCUGUUUUUAUUUUGUGUUCAGUUUUUUGUGAAUUUGCUUAUUGUGCUGUUUUAAUGGUUGUUAGUAGGAUAAAAUGCACCGGUGAGACGAGCAUAGUGCCAACGGAAGGUAAUUUUCCAGUUGUAUGUGUCAUACAGCAUUUGAAGGGACCAUGUAUUCUGUUGAAGAAAAAAAUAAAAUUUCAGUUGAAUAGCAGAACACUACAUUCUUCUUCUUUCUUUUGAGUGCCAAACCCUAAACUAUGUUGGAGUAGAGAUGGGGAAAACCCUUUUUGUUGGAAUAGGUAGAAGCAUUCUUUAAAUGGAUUGUUUAAACAUAGGGGCUUUGUCUUCAGAGAGAAUUGUCUAGUUGCAUCAGGAAAAAGAAUUAUGGUAAAAACAGUUUCUGGUUCCUUGAAAAUGCUGUGCUUUUUGUAUUUUACAUCAUUAGUGCAAUUUGGAUGGUUCUUGGUAUGUGUAUAGUUCAGAGGUCUUCGUGUUCACAUUUUUAAAUUAGAUAUUGAAUUCAUCUUUAGAGCUUGGUUUCUUUAUUUUUAUUUUAUUUUGAACAAUGUAGACAGUUCCCUGUUCUCUGCAUUUAGAAGUAUAAACACUUUAAAUUGUUACUUAAUUCUGUAAGUAAUUUUUAUAAUUAUGAUGUAACUCUAUCCUUAAAACAUUUAAAAUAAACCCUUUAUGUGCAACUUAUGCCUGUAAACUUUGUUCUCAUGAGCAAAACACAGAGAUGUGAUUUCAGAUUAUGAAGAAGCAGUUUCUUCAUUUUUCUGAUUGAAAGGAUUUAUUACUUUAAUAUUGACCCAUGUACGCUGGUAUAAUACUUGCUCUAUGAAAUAUGUUUGCUUGCAGAGCCAAAUCUUUAUUCUUUUUUCCAAGUAAGUGUGUUAGUAAGAUGGAACUUGCCUAAAGAAAAGCAUACUGUUAAAUUGUAUUUAACUAAACACAGAAAACUUCCCUCCCCCCAGGGGCUGUGCAGGUCUGUGAAGCAGUCUCUAUUUCCAGAGCAUACAAAAUAUCUUGGCAGUGGGGAACUGCAGAAACAUUUGACAGUGUUUUGGCGAUACAUUAAUUUGUUUUGAAUUAAAACAAUUUAAAAUUUAA